UAGUGUGCUGUGUAUAAAUAUGUCUGCCCUCACUGCGUUCCCCAGCUCAGUCAUUGCUGUUCCAUGUGUAGUCUGUGUUUCCUUAAAGUCCACGUCUGUCUCAAAGCGGCUGCAUUUGAGUCGAGUCUCACCCGAUGCUCACAUCUCCCCGCAGAAAAACAAUACACCGCCUCACAGGCCAGAGCCACAGCCUUCUCCUCUCUGCUGGGUGGAAGAACAACUCUCACGCAGUGGAAGUCCUCCAGACCCCCUGCCUUCAGACAAUAGGUUCCCUGGUUUUGGUCUACAUUCCUCGGUCCUCUGCUGUGGAGUCUACCUUCUGCUUCACCUCAUUCUGGAGUCGCCCAUCCAGUCAGCGGCCCAUGUCCCCCUGGUUCCCUGUUUCCUGAGUCUCCAUGGACCUGAGUCCAGAGAAGCACUCUGAACUUGAGGACAUCCGGCUGAGGAAAGGAGCCCUUCUGCUGGAGAUCCAGAGGCUGCGGGAGACGCUGAGAGAGGCCCUCAUGGAAGUGGAGGGCCUUGAAUCCAGCACCAAACGCAGCCAAAUCUUAGAAAAGAAUAGGCAUGUCGCCAUGGGAAGAAAGAAAUUCAACAUGGACCCUAAGAAGGGUAUCCUGUUCAUGGUACAAAACAAUCUUCUCCGGCACACGUCUGAGGACAUCGCCCAGCUCCUAUACAAGGGAGAGGGGCUGAACAAAACAGCCAUUGGGGAUUACCUGGGUGAGAGAGACGACUUCAAUAUCCAAGUCCUCCAAACAUUUCUUGGGCUUCAUGAAUUCGCAGGGUUCAACCUGGUACAGGCUCUCAGGCAGUUCCUCUGGAGUUUCCGUCUGCCAGGAGAAGCACAAAAGAUUGACAGGAUGAUGGAGGCCUUUGAGGUACUGUCAAUGUAAUCCUGGAGUCUUCCAAAACAUUGACACCUGCUAUGUACUUUCAUUUUCCAUAAUCAUGCUAAACACUAGCCUUCAUAAUCCAAAUGUGUGAGACAAGCCCAGUGUGGACAGGUUCAUCUCCAUGAAUCGAGGAAUCAAUGAUGGAGGCAACCUGCCAGAUGAUCUCCUCCGAAAUCUUUAUAAGAGCAUAAAGAAUGAGCCAUUCAAGAUUCCUGAAGACAAUGGGAACAAUGCCUUCUUCAACCCUGACAGAGAGGGUUGGCUCUUCAAACUGGGAGGAGGACGGGUGAAAACAUG